GGCCUACGUGCUGUGGGGUCCUGGCGUGACCUCGGCGACGGGCGGGAGCCGGCGGCGAGUGUAUGUGCUGCGAACGGCGCCGGCCCGGGCGGCGGCGGCGGCUCGGGCGCCAUGGGUGUGAUAGGUGUACAAUUGGUGCUUACCAUGGUAAUGGCUAGUGUCAUACAGAAGAUCAUACCUCAUUAUUCUCUUGCUCGUUGGCUUCUCUGUAGUGGCAGUUUAAGGUGGUAUCAGCAUCCCACUGAAGAAGAGCUACGAAUUCUUGCAGGGAAACAAAAAGGCAAGAGCAAAAAGGAUAGAAAAUAUAAUGGUCAUAUUGAAAGCAAACCUCUAACCAUUCCAAAAGACAUCGAUCUUCAUCUGGAAACAAAAUCUGUGACUGAAAGGGACACUAUUGCCUUGCAUUAUUUUCCAGAAUAUCAGUGGUUGGUGGAUUUCACUGUUGCAGCUACAGUUGUGUAUGUGGUGACAGAAGCCUAUUACAGCAUUGUGAAGCCCUCACAAGAAAUGAAUAUCAGUGUAGUAUGGUGUCUGCUUGUCCUGGCUUUUGCAGUCAAGGUACUAUUUUCAUUGACUACCCAUUAUUUCAAAGUAGAGGAUGGAGGUGAAAGAUCAGUCUGUGUCACCUUUGGUUUCUUUUUCUUUGUGAAAGCAAUGGCAAUUCUCAUUGUGACAGAAAACUAUCUAGAGUUUGGACUGGAAUCAGGAUUCUCAAAUUUCUCCGAAAGUGCUAUGCAAUUUCUUGAAAAGCAGGGCCUGGAAUCCCAGGGUCCUGUGUCUAAACUAACCUUCAAAUUGUUCCUGGCUGUUCUGUGUUCACUUAUUGGUGCUUUUUUGACAUUCCCUGGCUUGCGACUGGCUCAAAUGCAUCUGGAUGCUCUGAAUUUAGCAACAGAAAAAAUAACACAAACUUUGCUACAUAUAAACUUCUUGGCACCUUUGUUUAUGGUUCUACUGUGGGUAAAACCAAUCACUAAGGACUACAUUAUGAACCCACCUUUGGGCAAAGAGAGCAUCCCUUUGAUGUCAGAAGAUACUUUUGACACUGUCAGGCUGUGGAUUGUAAUCCUGUUGUGUGCUUUACGGUUAGGUAUGAUACGCCAUCAUUUACAGGCCUAUCUGAAUUUAGCCCAGAAAAGUGUGGAUCAGAUGAAAAAGGAAGCUGGCAGAAUAAGUAUGGUUGAUUUGCAGAAAAUGGUGGCUCGGGUAUUCUAUUAUCUUUGUGUAAUUGCACUGCAGUAUGUUGCACCUUUGGUAAUGCUCCUCCACACAACUCUGCUCUUGAAAACACUAGGUAAUUAUUCUUGGGGCAUCUACCCAGAACUGAAUUCUGACACUCCAGUAGAAAACAGUCUGCUUCCCAGUUCAGUUUAUUCUGAGUAUCCACCUGCUGAGGGAAAGAUGAAAGUAACUGUAGUACAAAUAACAAUGGCUUUGGGAAGCCUAAAGAAUAUUUUCACUCCUCUCCUGUUCCGGGGACUCCUGUCUUUCCUCACCUGGUGGAUUGCUGCUUGCCUCUUUUCUACAAGCCUUUUUGGGCUUUUCUAUCACCAGUACCUGACUGUCGCCUGAACAGGUCAACCGGGAAAGCAUAUGUGAAGUCAACUACUAGAUACAAACCCAGGUGACCAAGAAGAGGUGAAGAGAAAAGAACUAUAAAUGAAGAGAAAACAUAUCAGAAUUUUUUUUAAACACUUCCUCUGUGUUCUCAGGGUGAAUAUUCAUAUAAUGUUUAAAAUCGCAACUGAGUUUGUUAUUUUUUGUUACCCAAAUGGUAGGUAACUAGUUGAAUUAUAGUAUCGGGACUCAGUGACAUUAUUGUUUGGCAGGUGGUGACAAAAAGAUAUGACCUCUGGUAUCUUGGUUUCCAUAAACAGCAAGCCAGCCUCAAAAGUUUGUGUUAUAAGCAUCAACAGUCAGUGACUGAGCUGUGUCAGAAGGGUAGUGGUUAUAGUGGUGGUGGCUGCCUAUCAGUUAAAUCUUGAAACUGAGCCAUACAAUGGAAGGAGAUUGGGGAUUUAAAAAAAAAAUAAAUAAUACUGUUGGAUAGCUCUUGAUCACUUUUCUCUGUGAAAAAUGAAAAAGUCCAACAGAACAAAAGAGAUACUGUAUAUUACAGUAAGGAAAGUUGUAUCAGAUUUAAAGUUAACAGGAAUAGAUGCAUGGGCCUGACAGGUAUUGCUGCCUAAAUAUUUUGCAGGAAUGCUUGUGCAGUAAGAGAAGAGUUAUAAAAAACAUAUUAUUUCAGUACCUGCAGUCAUUUUAAAGUAGUGGCCAUCUGUAUUGGUGCUAGUAUUGAUCCACAGAUUCCAUUUGAAUCUUUUAAAUUUCUUUUCAGGUAAUAGAUAAAUUCCAUUGAAUUCACGAAACAAUAGAAGAAUAGUGACACCAGUCAAACAUUUCAAAACAAAAUAGUUUAAUCCUGCUGACUGAGACUGUAUGUAUCUCUGCAGUGUACAUAAAAAUAUAUAUUAUAUAUUAAAUAUAUAAUAUAUAUGAAGUUAUAUAAUAUGGAAUCUUUAUUUUAGAUUACUGAAUGUGUCUUACAGGGCCAUGGGAGAGGGAUGUAUGUGUAUCUAGUAAUUCCCAGAUCCCUAUUAAAGUGAAUUUUUUUUUUUUUU